GUAUAAAUAAAUAUUUUGAUUUGUAAAUGUGGUAGCCCUAUGUAUGAAUAUUAGCUACAAAACUACAUAUUAGCAAUAUUCGUCUUGUCACUAAUUCGAAUCGAAUUAUUCAUCAAAAAAUACUAGAAUAUUCAAAUCAAUUUAGUUCGUGCAGCACAAGCUAUUGAAGUGGGUUUUAAUAAAUAUAUAAUAAGGAUGGAGGAGAAUCAAGGAGAGUCUCAGAUCCGGAAGUCAUUCGCGGGAGCUAACAUUUUAUUGACGGGAGGAACUGGCUUCCUCGGAAAACUGCUAAUUGAAAAGUUACUAAGAUGUUGUCCGGAACUUGAUAAGAUAUAUUUAUUAGCGAGGAAGAAGAAAAAUAAAGAUCCACAAACCCGAUUAAAAGAACAGUUCGAUGAUGUGCUGUAUAAAACACUUCACAAAGAUCAGCCAGACUUCAUCAAGAAGGUGGAGAUUCUAGAGGGAGAGAUGGACAGCGAAAAUCUUGGUCUUACAGACCGGGAUUGGCUGACAGUAUGCGAUAAGGUUAACUUUAUACUCCACGGAGCAGCGACCGUCCGUUUCGACGAGGCCCUGAGUAAAGCCGUACGCAUCAACACACGAGGCACCAAGGAGAUGUUAACGCUUGCUCGCUGUUGCAAAUAUCUGAAAGCUUUUGUCUACAUUUCGACCGCUUAUUGUAACCUACCCCAUCAACCGAUAGAGGAAAAAUUUUACGACUUUCCACUGACCAGUGACCUUCUUAUAGACGUAGUUGAACGCUUGGAUUCAAAAACUGUUGACGACAUUACACCUGGGUUCCACAGUAGCGGCGAUAGAACAACACCUUGUGGACAACGUCUUCUGAUAAUACCUCGUGUUGUGAUAUCCGUUGGGGCUUCGGUGGGCAUUAUUCGAAUAAUCAAAUGUAACCCGGAUGCCGUCGUUAAUUUAGUACCAGCUGAUUUUGUUGCCAAUGCUUGUAUUGCCGUCGCUUGGAAGACCGCUCGACAACAUAUGAAAACCGCUGAGAGGAAACUUGAGGACUUCAGUGAGGGACCGAAAGAUGAGGAGACAAAAAAUGACCAGAUUCCCCGUGUUUAUAAUUAUGUAUCUGGAGACGAAAAUUCUAUGACAUUCCGUACUUUUAUGAAUUACGCACACACACACGGAUUUACAAUGGCGUCGAGUAAAGCAAUAUGGUGUUAUAUGUUGUUUCUUAUAAAUAACGCGCUCCUGUUCAAAGCUUUGAACAUCCUCCUUCACUGGAUACCGGCUUAUGUGUGCGAUGGAGUAGCAGUUAUGAUUGGAAAAAAACCUAUGCUAAAGAAAGUUUAUACGAAAAUUGACAAGUGGAUACAUUUUAAUGAAAUUUUCGCGUGUCACACCUGGAAGAUGGAAAAUUCCAAUACUAUAGAACUUUUGAGGGAGCUCAACGAGGCGGACCGACAUAUAUUUGACUUUGACAUAUCUGCUUUAGACUGGAAUUCGUACAUGUAUAAUUAUAUGAUGGGAAUUCGCUUGUUCCUUGUCAAAGAUCCUAAGGAAACAAUCCCUUGGGGAAUAAAAAAACAAUAUUUCCUAAUAAUAGCGAAUUAUAUAGUGAUGAUAAUUUACGCUAUAGCUUUGUUUUGGCUUGUUAAACUUUUGGGUGGAGGUGUGUUGAAAUUAAUGUAUAAAAUUUUGAGCUGAUAUUUAAAUACAAUUUACUAAAUUUUGGUAGAUCAGGGGAUA